AUGCCUGACGAGAAGCCGGAGCUGCCGCGGCCGUACAAGUGCCCGCUCUGCGAAAGGGCCUUCCACCGCCUCGAGCACCAGACUCGACACAUCCGCACGCACACCGGCGAGAAGCCGCACGCCUGCCUCUUCCCCGGGUGCGCAAAGCGCUUCAGCCGGUCCGACGAGCUCACCAGGCACUCGCGCAUCCACAGCAACCCCCGGAAGCCCGGCAAGCACCACCACCACCACCACCACCACAGCCAGCACCACCCCCAGCACCACCAGCAGCAUCCUCAGCACCAGAUAGACGCAGGCAAGGUGGUGAGGUCGGCGCCCGUCAGCCAGGCGGUGUCUCCCAACGUCUCGCCGCCUCACUCGUACGCCGUGCCCUAUGCGGCUCACUCGCCCAGCACGCUCAACCCCUAUGCCAGGCCCGUCACCGUCUCUGCGCCCGCCUCUGCCACGACCUCGACCAUGGACAUCAACAUGCUCGCCUCGGCCGCCAGCCAGGUCGAGCGAGACUCAACUAUUCCUGCUUCAUCGACGUCAUCGACUUACAGGCACCGCACCUCGUACCACCACUACCCCCCGACGAUGACUGCUCCCUCCACCCCUGUCACCACCACCGCCAGCAGCAUCAUCUCUUCUGCUGCCAGCUCUGCCAGCUCCCAGAUACCAUCCUCAGCCAGGCUGCCCUCUCUCUCAGCAUACGCCAUCUCCAUGACCCGCUCUCACUCAGACGAAGACCACCACCAUCACAACCACCACAACCACAACCACUACAGCUACAGAGCUAAGCGGUCUCGUCCCUCCUCGCCAAACUCCACCGCGCCCUCGUCUCCCACCCUCUCCCACUCCUCUCUCUCGCCUACGCCAGACCACACCCCGCUAGCCACGCCCGCCCACUCGCCCAGGCUGCGACCUUACUCCUACGCCUCCCCGGACCUCCAGCUGCCCUCCAUACGACAGCUCAGUCUGGCUGCCCAUGCGCCUGCCCCCGCCCUCGCGCCCAUGGAGCCACACACGGAUACCUCCUCUUCCCACUCCACUCUCACUCACUCGACCUACUCUUCGCCGCUCACUCCAUCUUCAACCACUGCCACCACGUCUCUCGGUGCAGCUGCGUCAAAGGGUCCCUCGAUAAGUGAUAUCAUGCACCGGGCCGAUGGGACGCAGCGGAAGUUGCCUGUCCCGCAGGUUCCGAAGUUGCUAUCCAGGAAGUGCCCCUCGACCUGGACAGAUAUUAAUCUUUCUCUUAUCUUUACUUUCCUUUUGACUUUCCUCUCUUUUGAUUCUUUUUUGUGUUUUCUGGGAUCUUGA